CCACGCUGUUCAUUUAACGGAUCAGUAUGACACCGCGAUCGGAAUCUUGCACUAGCAUGGAUAGGCGCACCUUUGAACAACGAUAUCUCCGUCUUAACAAGCUCGUUGGAGUAUUGUCCGGACUAUGGCCUGGUCAAAGUAAAAUCUCGAAAACUCUCACGUCGAUCGUCACGUACACUCUUGUGAUCGAAAGUUUCGUUGUACAGGUAGCCCAUGUGGUGAGAGACUAUAGUUUCGAUAGGCUGAUAGCACAGAUUCCGUAUCUGUGUCUGGCUCUCCUUGUUGUUGGAAAGCAUGUAAACUACACUCUGUACGGAACUAAGGUGAAAGAACUGUUGAAUAUUAUUGUGAAGGAUUGGGAAGUUCAAAGGUCGAAAGAGGAGUUGACAAUUUUAGAAAAUUAUUCGAACAGAGCAGCAUUACUAUCAAUGAUAUACACAGUGUGUAUAUUUUCGUCGUCAUUUAUGUUUUCCAUUCAACCGGCUGUACCACACGUACUGGACGUGUUGAUCCCACUAAACGAAUCGAGAGGACGUGUAUUAGUAUAUCCAGCAUACUUCUUCAUGGAUGAAGAAAAAUAUUAUUACUUUAUAAUUAUAAACGAGAUGAUGGGUUCGCUGGCAAUUUUUUUAGUUUUUAGUAGCUGCGAUAUGUACCUGGUGUGGUUUAUACAGCAUGCUUCUUGCAAGCUAGCUAUAAAUUGGUACAACUUCCAAAAAACAAUGGCUGAGGUGUGUACCUGCGGUAAAGAGAACAAACAUCUAGGAGCAAAUAAAACUUAUAGCAAAGUGUGCCUAAUCAUCACAGACCAUCAAAGAGUAGUCGAAUAUAUAGAGACAGUAGCAGCUUGCCACGUUACAGUGUUCAUCGUGAUCGUAGCAAGUGUCAUAUUCACUUUCACGGUCACGUUAGUCAAGAUUUCACAGUUCGAAAUGACUCUUCAAUACGUGACGUUCUGUGUGUUCCUGUUUGCUCAAGUUAUUCAUCUACUCUUCAUCUGCUGUAUGGGACAGUACCUAAACGACGCGAUUGCGGAAAGCUAUAACAAAAUAUAUGAAUCGAAGUGGUAUAACGGUUCGACGAGAACUCAAUUAUUGUACCAGUUAGUAUUGCGAAAGUAUCUGUCAUUUCCAAAGAUAACAGCUGGUGGAAUAAUUCCGAUGGACUUAAAUACUUUUGUACAGAUAAUAAAAGCAUCUUUCUCUUAUUACACCGUGUUGAAAAGCACCAACUAAUGGAACAAAUGCAAUCAUGGAAGAUUGUCGGAAUUUGAAUAUUACUUAUUGGGAAAUAUGCAUACUUUUAUUUUUAUUAUAAGACUUUGAUGUAAUAAGAUUUCAUAGUUCACAAUUAAAUGUACACGUGACAAAAGUGAAAUUAAGAAAAUAUGUUAUAGGUCGAUUGUGGUAUAAUGUAACUGAUGCCUAAAAUUCAAAUGUUUCUAUCAUAUUCAAACAAUCGAAAUUUUUCCACCGUUUGAGUUAAACGAUCA